CAGUGGCAGAGACUGGCGGUGGCUCGAGGAGACGCCGGCGCAGCAGGAACCGCAAGGGUCGCCGCUCGUGCCGCUUCCAGCCCGCGCCGAGAGGUGUGAAAAUUUAAAUAACACAAGUAUUUUGCCUGGGGCUUUGGUCAAACAAAUGCUGAAAAGUUACAUAAAGAAGAUCCCUAGGAGCCAUUUCUCAGCAAUUAUAUAGUCAACUGAUGUAACAAUGGUACUAAUAUUGGGACGCAGAUUAAACAGAGAGGAUCUUGGGUUGCGUGAUUCCCCAGCAACUAAGCGUAAAGUUUUUGAAAUGGACCCCAAAUCUCUGACAGGUCAUGAGUAUUUUGACUUCUCUUCAGGAUCAUCCCAUGCUGAAAACAUCCUCCAGAUAUUUAAUGAGUUCCGUGACAGCCGCUUAUUCACAGAUGUUAUUAUCUGUGUGGAAGGAAAAGAGUUCCCGUGCCAUCGAGCUGUCCUCUCAGCCUGCAGCAGCUACUUCAGAGCCAUGUUCUGUAAUGACCACAGGGAGAGCCGAGAAAUGCUGGUUGAGAUCAACGGCAUUUUAGCCGAAGCUAUGGAAUGCUUCUUGCAGUAUGUGUAUACUGGGAAGGUGAAGAUCACCACAGAGAACGUCCAGUAUCUCUUCGAAACCUCCAGCCUCUUUCAGAUUAGUGUUCUCCGUGAUGCUUGUGCCAAGUUCUUAGAGGAGCAGCUUGAUCCUUGCAAUUGUCUAGGAAUCCAGCGCUUUGCCGACACCCACUCACUGAAAACACUCUUCACGAAAUGCAAGACCUUUGCAUUACAGACUUUUGAGGAUGUGUCCCAGCAUGAAGAAUUUCUCGAGCUUGACAAAGAUGAACUUAUUGAUUAUAUCUGCAGUGAUGAACUUGUUAUUGGUAAAGAGGAGAUGGUUUUUGAGGCCGUCAUGCGCUGGGUCUACCGGGCGGUUGAUCUGCGAAGACCACUGUUACAUGAGCUCCUGACACAUGUCAGGCUUCCUCUCUUGCAUCCCAACUACUUUGUUCAGACAGUUGAGGUGGACCAGUUGAUCCAGAAUUCCCCUGAGUGUUAUCAGUUGCUGCACGAAGCAAGACGGUACCACAUACUUGGCAAUGAAAUGAUGUCCCCAAGAACUAGGCCACGCAGGUCUACUGGCUAUUCAGAGGUGAUAGUUGUGGUUGGAGGCUGUGAACGAGUUGGAGGAUUUAAUCUUCCAUACACUGAGUGCUAUGAUCCAGUAACAGGAGAAUGGAAGUCCUUGGCCAAGCUUCCAGAGUUUACCAAAUCCGAGUAUGCAGUCUGUGCACUGAGGAAUGAUAUUCUUGUUUCAGGUGGAAGAAUCAACAGCCGUGAUGUCUGGAUUUAUAAUUCACAGUUAAAUAUCUGGAUCAGAGUUGCUUCUCUAAAUAAAGGCAGAUGGCGUCACAAAAUGGCUGUCCUUCUUGGUAAAGUGUAUGUUGUUGGCGGCUAUGAUGGGCAAAACAGACUUAGCAGUGUAGAGUGUUACGAUUCCUUUUCAAAUCGUUGGACAGAAGUUGCUCCACUUAAGGAAGCAGUGAGCUCUCCUGCAGUGACAAGCUGUAUAGGAAAAUUGUUUGUGAUUGGUGGAGGCCCUGAUGAUAAUACUUGUUCUGAUAAGGUCCAAUCUUACGACCCAGAAACCAAUUCUUGGCUACUUCGUGCAGCUAUCCCCAUCGCCAAGAGAUGCAUCACAGCUGUCUCUUUAAACAACCUGAUCUACGUAGCUGGUGGACUGACCAAGGCGGUGUAUUGUUACGAUCCUGUUGAAGACUACUGGAUGCACGUACAAAACACAUUCAGCCGACAGGAAAACUGUGGUAUGUCUGUUUGUAAUGGUAAAAUCUAUAUCCUGGGUGGAAGACGGGAAAAUGGAGAAGCCACAGAUACUAUUCUCUGUUAUGAUCCUGCGACAAGUAUCAUCACAGGAGUGGCUGCUAUGCCCAGACCAGUGUCCUACCAUGGCUGUGUGACUAUUCAUAGAUACAAUGAGAAAUGCUUUAAGCUCUAACUAAACCCAGGAUACCUCACACAAGAAGCCAACGCCAAUCCAAGAGGAAAGUUUUUAAAACUACCACGUGAGAACUCAACUCCUUUGCAAAAAGAAAUAAAUAAUCCUGAUGCGUUUCUGACCCAAAAUACCAAUAUUUCAAGCUGUCAUAAAUCCUUUCCUGUAAUGGGGGUGGGAGGUUGGUGGAGUGAGACCAGUGCUCGCCUUUAUCCCAGCACCCAGAAGGCAGAGUUCUCUAUGUUUGAACCCAGCCUGGACUACAUAACAAGUUCUAGGCCAGCAAAGGCUGCACAGUAAGACCUUGUCUUUUGAAAAAAAAAAAAAAAGUAAUAAUUUGGCUUAUGAUUAUACUUUGGCAUUUUUGAAAAACUGUGUGGGGUAGGCAGUACUGCCCAGUGUAAACUUCUUAGGGAUUUAUGAACCAUUUUUCAGGAAUGUGUCCUCUUUUUGUCAAUUAUGUAGAGAGUAUUGCAUGAAUGAAGCUUUUUUGUUGUUGUUGUUGAAUUGCCUGAUGUUAAGAAUGUUUAGAAUUCAUUGUGAGAGGAAAAAAUGAGUUUGUUUGGUCAUUCGUUCACUUUAACAAUUUAUUUAACUAUAUGUACAUUGGUAGAAGGGGAUCAGAUCCCUUGCAACUGGAGUUACAGACAGUUGUGAACUGCCAUGUGGGUGCUGAGAAUUGAAUCCCAGUCCUUUGGAAGAACAGUGCUCUCACUGAGCCAUCUCUCCAGCCCCAAGAAAUGACUUUAUCCAUACUGGUUAAUUCUAUUGAAGACUUUUUGGGGUUUUGUUUGGUGUUUAGAUUUUCUUGUAAAAGUGUAGUGACAAUUCAGCUACCAUAAAAUACACAUUUUAUGACUUUAUAGACUAUUCUCUGAUAUUAAAUACUUUUUAUGAGUUUAUGUAGGAGAUGUAAAAGUAAGGAAAUUUAAAUUACACAUCAGUCCCUAAGGAAAAAUUAAAAUUACUAUUGAAGAAAAAAAAUGUGAUCCACUUUGGUUCUCAGGGUAUUUAAUGACUCAUCUGUGAGUCCACUAAAUACUUUCUUUCCUUUAAACUAACAUAGGAGUUGAAACUCCUUUUAGAGAGCAAGGCAGGUAUCUGGUCAGGACCUGUUUCCCAGGCGUGGUAGUACAGACCUGUAUCCAGGGUCUGGAAAGUGCAUCCAAAGAAACCCAAUGGGCUGAAGAGAUAGCUCAGUGUUUAAGAACACUUACUGCUCUUGGAGAGAACCCAGGUUUGGUUCCCACCCUUAUCAGGUAGCUCACAAUUUCUGCAAUUCUUGUUCCAGGGAAUCGAACACCUUCUGUCCUCCCUGGGCAUCUGCAAAUAUAUGGUGCACAUAAAUUCAUACAGGAACACGUGUGUAAAAGAAAUAUAUCUUAAGACAAAACUGCAUUUGCAAUACUGCUGUAAGAAAAACAAGAACAGGUUUGCUCCUACCCAGCUUGGUAGAGUUGGACCUAACUCGUGUGAUGCCUUGUGAGUGCCUCUCCACUGCUGUGUGAGCAGUUAUUAGGCUAGGAGUGGUGACUGAUUCCUUAAUAUCCUACAGCAGUGGGGCCUCUCGCUUGUAACUCUGACCAGCAGCAGUUCUGGUCUCCAGAGAGAAAUCUCUUAUUUGGGAGAGCUCUUUUAUUUGUAUAAAAUACUGAUCAUCAUUUUCAGAUUUCUAUUAAAUUUUUCCCUCUAGGUUUUUCACCUCCAUUUUACAAAGCUUAGCAGUUUGCAAAGUGAAAUGUGAAAUUUUUAUUAGAAACAUAAGUGAAUGCAGCAGGAAUUAGCACAACUAAUUAUUGUAAUUUCCAGUGCCCUGGGCUGCAGCAGGUGGCUUGCUGUGUAACUUGCCAGUCUCUCACUAUAAUAUACCCCUUGUCAAUGACAAUGGAGUCAUUAGAUUUCUGUUCAAAUUCAGGCAGUUAUAAGAAGCCUAGCAUUGGCAAACAACUUUUUCCUCAUCUUAGGAUAAUUCAAAUGUUUUUUAAGAGUCAUGCUUAGUUGGAAUCUAAAUUCUGAGAAAAAUGCUAAAAAAUACACUUAGGAAAGUGUUUUCAAGUCAUAAAUUUUAAGUGAUAUAACAUAGCUAUAGAAACAAUUCAGAAAAUAAUCACCUGUUGGUUGAGAAACAGAUGUAUGUAAAACUGAGGGUAUUUGUACUGUAAUUUUAUAGUAAAUAUCUGCAUUAUACUUUUGUUAGAGAAUGGAAAUUGUUUAGUUCAGAAAUUCUUAACAGUAAAGGGUGUGAACAGAGGUGUUUUAUAAAUGCUUAGGAUUCUACAAACGAUAAUUGUUAUUCUCAUGUAUAUUUGUAAGAUCAUGUCCAUUCAUAAAUACAUAUAAAAGACUUGGUCAAAGUAAAUUUGUAUUUUAGUAUUUUUGUCUGUUGUAAAAGUAUUAUCUAUUUGUAUCUUGUAAUGUUUAUUUUUCAUAUAUUCUCAUGUUUAUUGCAGUAAAUUAGAAAAAUCCUGAAAAUCAGAAUUUGUUUAAACAAAUUAAUUUUUCUUUAUGUUACAAAUUAUAUUAAAAGUUACCAGAAAGUACCUGAAUCCUAGAAAUUUAACUUCUAAAAGCUACCCAGUUGAUAUUUUAACUUCCUUUAAUUACUUACCUUUGCUAAUCCUUGAUAAAUAAUGGUGUGGUAAGCCCUGGUUUAAGAAAUAAUAAUUUUGCCGGGCAGUAGUGGCACAUGCCUUUAAUCCCAGCACUUGGGAGGCAGAGGCAGAG